AUGGUCAAGGAAACGAAGCUCUAUGACCAGCUGGCCAUCAAGCCAGAUGCGUCACAAGAUGAGAUCAAAAAGGCCUACCGAAAAAUGGCCUUGAAAUGGCAUCCGGACAAGAACAAAGACAACGCCACCGCCUCGGAAAAGUUUAAAGAGUGUUCGCAAGCCUACGAGAUUCUGUCCGACCCGGAGAAGCGGAAAACCUACGAUACUUACGGUCUCGAAUUCAUCCUUCGCGGCGGCGUGCCAUACGAGGGCGACGCGGACGCGGGCGGUGCCUUUGGUGGUGGCGGUAUGCCCGGUGGCUUCUCCGGUAUGAACUUUGGCGGCAUGCCGGGCGGCGGUGGCGGCACACGCACAUUCAACUUCUCCACGGGUGGCGGCCCAGGCGGGGGGUUCAAGUUUAACGCCCCCGACACCACGUUUGCCGACUUCUUGCGCACAACUGGCGCAGAGGGUCUCGAGGACCUGCUCGGCGGAGGCCUUGGCGGAGGCAGUUUCGGCGGCGGCAUGCCUCGCUCAUCACGGUCGGGCGGAGGGUCCUUUGGCGGUGGAGGUGGCGAUCCGUUUGGUCGCAGCGCACGGCACCACACGCCCGAAGUCAGCACCGUCGAGCGGCCGCUGCCGGUGACACUCGAGGAAAUGUUCAACGGCACAACCAAGCGCAUGAAGAUCAAGCGCAAGAUGUACGACGAGAGCGGCAAGCGCACAACGACGGAUACGGUCCUCGAGGUGCCUAUCAAGGCCGGUCUUAAGAAGGGCAGCAAGAUCCGCUUCAAGGGCGUGGGCGACCAGGAAGAGGGCGGUCAGCAAGACCUCGUUUUUAUUGUGGAGGAGAAGAAGCACCCCAUCUUCACACGCGACGGCGACGACAUCGUGGCCCAUGUUGACCUCAACCUCAAGGAGGCCCUGACGGGCUGGAAGCGCACAGUGUCGACGAUUGACGGCAAACAAAUCAACCUCGACAAGUCGGGCCCCACACAGCCCGGCUCAAACGACACAUACCCGUCACUGGGCAUGCCGAUAUCCAAGGAGCCAGGCCAGCGCGGCAAGUUUAUCGUCAAGUAUAACGUCAAGUUCCCAACGACCCUGACACCGGCCCAGAAGCAGAAAUUAAGAGAGAUCCUGUAA